AUGCCAUCAGCACCGUCAUCAGACGACUCGGUGCCCCGAUCGACAUCCCAACUCAUCGAGAGUGCAGGGCUCCUCUUCGCGGCGCCCAAACUGUUCCCCGAGCAGAGGAUCGCUGACAUCCCCACCAUGGUCAACACCAACAUCAACGGGAUCCCGUACACGUCCCAUGCAUUCCUGAACGAGGGCGGCAUGCCCUCCGCCACGAAGGGGGCAGACCGUCAAGAUUACGGCGGUUACUGGGCUCGAUUCAAGGCGCCCCACGAGGCGCUCACGAACAUCCUGAGGAACGAGCUCAAGGAUACCGACAUCAAAGUGCUUGCAGUGCGGUCGGGUGUGGUAGCUACAAAACUAUACAAGCAGAGGGUUCAGAACGACAAGGGCUCGUAUGAAGGGUUUAUUGACGGUUAUGAACCGCUGGUUGCUGACGACACUGCGGCGGUGGUGCUGGAGAGACCGGAGCGGCUCAGUGUAAAGACGUUGGGCGUGUUCGUACAGCGCAGAGUCUGGCUGUCUUUGAUCGCAAUUGGAACGAGAGGAGAGAAGUGGGGCUGA